UAACUAAACGUGAGCCACCACAAAUGUCGCUCCUGGCCCUGGCCAGGCCUAUUAGACUUUGUUUUCAGGACAGUUCGCUCCGCAAGCAGCAGCAAGUAUAAAAGCCUAGCAGAAGGCAAAAAACCAAGGGAAGUAAACCAACAACUGAACAAUGUUCCAAACUCCCCAAACUUUGUCUCUCAUUCCAAAAAUGGUGAAGAAGCCACCUCUUAAAGCUCUCUUACUCUUCAACUCUUCAAUUCUCGAAGGACUUCAACACACCCCCGAAUCCAUAGCCUUCACUCUAGACAUUCUUCUAUCUUCCAACAUGCUCCUUCAUUCUCAGUCCAUUCUCCUCCAGAUUAUCUCUGGUAGACUCUCCUCUCCUUUCUUCACUCCUUUGUCUCUGUUCCAACAUUUAACUCAACCCACUUUGAAUCCCAACUCAAUGAACCAAAUCCCUCUAUAUGAAUCAAUUAUCAACGCCCAUGUUCGAUCUCAGUUGCCUGAUCAAGCCAUAUAUUAUUUCAAUCAAAUGGUAGACAGAAACCUUGUUGCUGGACCCAAUACUCUGAAUAAUAUAAUGAGUUUUCUUAUAAAGUUUGAUUCUUUUGAGAAAGCUUGGAUCCUUUUUACAAAGUCCAAAGGGAGGGUUAAGUUUGAUGUUUAUAGUUUUGGGAUAAUGAUCAAAGGAUGUUGCAAGGCAGGUUAUUUAAGCAAAAGUUUUGAGCUUUUAGGUCAGGUAGAAGAGUUGGGUUUGUCUCCCAAUGUUGUUAUAUACACUACUUUGAUUGAUGGGUGUUGUAAAAUGGGUGACUUUGAGCAGGCAAAAACGUUCUUUUGCAAAAUGGAGGAGCUUGGGUUGGUUCCUAACGAGUAUACAUACACAGUUUUAAUCAAUGGAUUGUUUAAAAAGGGACUGAAAAAAGAAGGCUUUGAGCUAUAUGAGAAGAUGCAGCUUAAUGGGGUGAUUCCUAGUUUAUAUACUUACAAUUCUUUGAUGAAUGAAUUCUGCAAUGAGGGAAAAGUAAGCAAAGCUUUCGAGAUGUUUGAUGAAAUGCGUGAAAGAGGAGUAGCAUGUAAUGUGGUUACAUACAAUAUAUUGAUUGGAGGCUUGUGUAGAAAGACAAGGAUUUGGGAGGCGGAGAAAUUGUUGGAUCAAAUGAAGAGGACUGGUAUAAGUCCAAAUUUGAUUACAUAUAACUCGCUAUUAGAUGGUUUUUGUAAUGUUGGAAAGUUGGAGAGGGCUAAGUAUAUAUUUGAUCAAUUGAAAACUAAGGGUCUAUCUCCAUCUUUGAUAACUUAUAACAUUCUUAUUUCGGGCUUUUCUAGAGCUAGAGACUUAGCAGUAGUUGCUGGAUUGGUAAAAGAAAUGGAGGAGAGAGGCAUAAGGCCUUCUAAAGUGACAUAUACAACUAUAAUUGAUGCAUUCAUUAGAUCAGAAAAUAUAGAUAAGGCAUUUGAGUUAUAUUUGUUUAUGCAGAAGGCUGGUUUGGUUCCGGAUGUUUACACUUAUGGUGUCUUAGUUCAUGGAUUGUGCACAAAGGGUAAUAUGAAGGAUGCAUGGAAACUGUUUAAAUCAAUGGAAGAAAUGCAAUUGAAGCCAAAUGAUGUGAUAUACAACACAAUGAUUCACGGGUAUUGCAAAGAGGGUAGCUCAUAUAGAGCCCUGAGGCUGCUUCAAGAAAUGGGCGAGAAAGGGUUGGUUCCUAAUGUAGCUAGCUACAGCUCUACUAUCGGACUUCUUUGCAAGGAUUGUAAGUGGCAAGAGGCAGAGGCUUUAGUGAAUGAGAUGAUUGAGUCUGGUUUUAAACCAACAGUCUCUAUAUAUAAUCUAAUCUCUAAAGCAAAACACAAUACGUAGUUGAAGCUUCCAAGCACUUACUUCUGAAUGUGAUGCUAUAUGAAGGAAAUCAAAAUUGAGGAGACGUGAUAACCCGAAGCUUUCAUUGUGUGAAGGAGGAUAUCAAAGACUUAUGGAUGUUACAUUUAGAACGAAAUAGGGAAUAGAGGAGACCAUAAAUAAAAUGAGGUUUGUCCAAUCACCUAAACGAUACCCCAAUGCUACCAUAUAUGAAGUUGGAGAUCUGAGAUAUCCAAGCAGUCUGAAGUAUUUGCUUCAUUUCUUCCCCUUGCUCUCCAUAUUGCAGAUACAAGGCUAACAGCAAAUUUUGAGCAUGGCUACUUGACAGAAUGAUGCAAAUCAAAGCACCAAAGGGAUCUUGUGGGUGACUUUCAAAAGCAAAAACAACAAAAGCUUACGGAGGGAGAGAGAUUUUCCAAUCUCAUAUACCCUAUGGCUAUGCCCCUUUAGCUUAUAUACCAGUUGAUUGUGAUCUUUGAAGUUUAUGCAAAACCACUGUAAAUUUUCUUUGUAUUUGUUGUUUUUUGUUCCAUAUUUCUACUUUCAUGGAUUCUGCUUACACUUUAAUUGCUAAAAGCUUGUAAAUCUCACUGGAAGUUGCGUUAUGAAUUAAGAUUCUGGCCAAGUUUACGGUCAU